AUCAUCUCGUCUUCCAUUUCUCUUUGUGCUCGCCCAGCAAUCGGCCAACCCGCUCCUGUCUCAGUACAUUGUCCACCCUCUGAAGCCCCUCCCCCGCCUGACGCUCCCGACUCGGGCAUUUCUCCCCUCGCGCAAGACGCCUUCUUCCAAGCUAUCAACUGCCCGCCCCGCCUGCCGUCGAGGGCAAGUCUGGACCACCCCGCGCGUUUUCGCAGACGCACGACCAGCUCUGGGCCAUGUCGGACAGGGAGUUGGAGGAUUUGCGGGAAAAGCUGACAGAGAGGAUCGAGAGGGAUGGGAUCAAGGGCAAGGCAGUGUCGAAGGAGGUAGAGAGGCGCACGGAGGAGAUUGAUUGGGUCCUGCGCGUCGGGCAGGACGAGGAUGAGGUCGGAGUGGAAAAGGCUGAAGAAAACAAGGACGAAAAUGGAUUUGUUUGGCUCGGACGAGGAUGAGUCUUUCGAGGGGGCGACGGGGGCCCGGCCAGCAGGCGUGGAGAAGGGUUCAGCGCGGGAAGGCUGGAAAGUGUGAAAUUCAUAGACUCGAGGGCAUAGCUAUGGUUG